GUUCUCCAAUUUCAUAAAGGUCAGGAGUACUGGGGAGAAAGAGACGAAGGUAUGGCUUCCGAGGAAUUCUCCACGGGACCUCAUGCGCUCUGUUUGCCCAUGCCAGCUCAGAGCCACAUUGGUGCCAUGCUAAAGCUCGCGAAGCUCCUCCACCACCGAGGCCUCUACAUCACUUUCGUCAACACGGAGUUCAACCACAGGCGCUUGCUCGAGGUCAGGGGUCCCGGGUUUCUGAACAAUCUCCCUGCCAGCUUCCGGUUUGUGACGAUACCCGACGGGCUCCCACCGUCACAGGCCAAUGCCACCCAAGAUGUUGUCUCCCUGUGUCAGGCCGUCAGGGUCCUCAUGGGUGCUCCAUUCUGUGAACUAGUCGGAGAUCUCAACAAAAGGGCAGAUACCACUUCGGGCUUUCCACCGGUCUCUAUUAUCGUGGCGGACGGUUUCAUGACAUUCACCUCUUAUCCGGCUAGUGAGAAGUUCGGUAUCCCCGUGGUGAACUUGUGGACUAUUUCAGCCUGUGCCCUGAUGGGCUUCAUGCAUUUUCCUCAGCUCAAGGAAAAGGGUUUAACGCCAUCGAACGACAAUUUAAGAACAACAAUUGAUUGGAUUCCUUGCAUGAAGAACAUGAGGCUGCGAGAUAUGCCCAUAUUCCCUGGAGCCACGGAUCGAGAUGAUGUCAUUUUCGAUUUCGUGAAGGAUGUAGCUGUAAGAUUUGAUAAGGCUGCUGCAACGAUCAUCCAUACGUUUGAAGCACUUGAGCCAGAUGUUUUGAAUGCUCUCUCGUCUAUGUCCUCCAGGCCUACUUAUGCAAUUGGUCCAUUUCAGUUACUCAUCGAUCGAAUUCCUAGAAAGGAGAACCAUCUUAAGCACAUUGGGAGCAACCUAUGGAAAGAAGAUAUGGAGUGUCUUCAGUGGCUCAAUUCACAGAAACCCGAAUCAGUGGUCUACAUUAAUUUUGGAAGCGUAGCGUUUUUGACAUCUCAACAGCUGAUUGAGUUUGCCAUGGGGAUUGCUAACAGCGGACAUCCUUUCCUAUGGAUAAUUAGGCCGGAUCUAGUGAACGGGGACUCAGCAAUACUACCUCCAGAUUUCAAUGAAGAAACAAGGACAAGAGCCUUUAUUACUGCAUGGUGUCCACAAGAAGAAGUACUCAAUCACCCUUCGGUGGGAGGGUUUUUGACUCACUGCGGGUGGAACUCAAUGAUCGAGAGCAUGUCUGCCGGAGUCCCGAUGUUGUGCUGGCCCUACUUCGGCGACCAACAAACAAACUGUAAGUACGCUUGUAAAGACUGGGAGGUUGGACUAGAGAUCGACAGCAAUGUGAAGCAAGAAGAAGUGGAGAGGCUCAUGAAGGAAUUGAUGGAAGGAGAGAAGGGAAAGAGAAUGAAGAAAAGGGCCAAGGACUGGAAGCGACUAGCAUUCGAAGCAACGAGCGAACACGGUUCAUCGUCUACAAAUUUGGACAAACUACUGUUCUCGGUCACAUGUGAUCCAAUCCCUGGAAAUUAACGACAGAUUCCGUCCAUCCAUCCAUCAAUCAUCAAUCAUCAGACAAGCCACAUUUAAACAGGUCCCUCCUUGGGCCGUGGGGACAGUGGACAAAAUUUUCCCACUUGCAGGGGUUGUCUUGUUUUAUAACUAUUUAUGUUGGUUUUGUCCUUUUGUAUAUUGGAAGUUUAGCAGUGAUGGUGAUCUGACUU